AUGCAGUUCUCGCCCAAGCUCGAGGACCCGAUCCUUGCCCACGAAGACCAACCCACGCCGCGCCGCCGCACCAAGCUGCGCUGGAUCGUCGGCGCCGUCGUGUUCUGCGGCGUCGUCUGCGCGUCGGUUGGCGCCCUCGUCGUGUACACGCACAAGGUGCGCAACAACGCCGCUGCCAUCACGACCAAUUUGCAGCAAGCACCCGGUCUCCUCGUCACGCUCACCGCCAAGCGCGCGAGCAUGGACUUCAACGGCCAGACGUCGGCCCAAGUGUAUGUGAUUCCGCACACGGCGAGCGCUACGGGGGCCGUGUCGUUUGACGCAUUCUUGUCGCAUGUGGGCGCCAACACGACGCAAAACUACGUGCUUUUGGGCGGCCGCGCGUACACGUCGACGGUCCAGAACGGGGUGGUGGUCGCGGCGCAAUGCCUCACCGCGUCGCAAGUGCCGCCGCUUCAAACUAUCCAGUCAGUGCUAUCGCAAGCCAAGGUCAUCGAUACGGUGUCGGGUACGAUCACGGCGCCGAAUUGCAACGAUGGCCAGCUCUUGCACCUCCAAUUUGCGGGCGAGUCGUUCGUUUUCUGCAACUCGCCCGAGAACAAGCUCACGCACGCGACGGGAAGCGACUUGGACCUUACGGUCGAGUACCUCGCGGACCCGACGGCAAUCCCUGACUUUGACGUACCUCAAGUCCCGGGCGCGGCUCCGCUCAGCUGCCCCGUCGUCGUGACCCCUUCGGCCGUGGCCACAGAGUCGGCGACGCUCGCCGAGUCGACGGCGGCUGUGUGGGAUGUCGUCAAGGGCAACGUUCGGACGGUCGAGCUCUUUGACACUGCGUGUGGCUGCAAGGGGCCUAAGAAACCGUGCUUAUUUGUGCAUGGUCUUGGCAACUUUUUCGACGCGCCGCUCUCGUCGACCGACUUGCUCUACUGGGGCUUUGCGCACCAGCACGCCCCCUGCUGCAGCUCCAUCAAGUUUACACACUUUGAGACGAUCCACAACGGCUGGGACCAACCGCGCGUUCAAAAGCAGUUUUGCGACGCGGCCCUCGCGACGAGCAACUCCAAGACGCAGACCGUGGGGAGCUUGAUCUUGAUUACGCACUCGAUGGGCAACUUGAUUGUGGGUGGUGCCGUCUCGGCGGGUGUCUGCAACCUCUCGAGCCAGGUGUCGUGGCUCUCGGUGAACGGUCCAAUGAUGGGCAGUGCCGCGGCCAACUUGCUCGAGAACAAGUGUCGGUCGAACUCGUGGGUUGACAUUCCGCUCAAGGGCGCCGCGUCACUGAUCGGGUUUUGCCCUGCGCCGGAGGCUUUUCUGAGCCUGAAGCAGCAAUCUACGGUGGACGCCGCGCUCCAAGCCAAGUAUGUCAAGGCACAAGCGGUGCGCAAGCAGUACGCGACCAAAACCAUGUGCGGCGUCAGCUCGUGGGGCCUCAACACGGUUUACGCUCCCGUCAUGUUUGUCGUGGCCCAAAUGGCCCAGUACGCUUCGUCUCAGAACGACGGUAUGGUCGAGUACUCGAGCUGCAACGUCGGUCUCAGCGGCUUCUCGAGCGACCCGACAGCGUCGGGCAACUACGUCGCAAGCAUCAACCACGCCGACGCGACCUUCCGCAACGGCGACGGGUGGUGGGGCAGCGACCGCAAGCCCGUCAAGUGGCUCGAAUGUGCCCUCUAG